CACCUCACAUCGUGUUCUCAAUCUUCUGGAUCUGUAAGAUGAAGAUGAAGACUCUGAUGUUCUUCGUGAGUUUGCUGGUCCUCUCACUCACAGCUCCAGUACCUGAAAGUGACAGUGAUGAGGAAGCAGCUCAGCCUCACUCCAGCCUCCAGAUGAUGGCGCUGUACCGGAUGUGUGAACGUCUGCUGCAGCAGGGUGUUGCAGCUCCACCUCCAUCUCAGUUUAAUGAAUUUUACCAACCUGGAGAUGCAGCACCACUAAACUCUGAUGAGGCAGAAGAAAAUGAAGAAGCUGAAGAAGCUGAAGGUGCUGAAGGAGCUGAAGGAGCUGAAGGAGCUGAAGGUGCUGAAGGAGCUGAAGGAGCUGAAGGUGCUGAAGGUGCUGAAGGAGCUGAAGGAGCUGAAGAAGCUGAAGGUGCUGAAGGAGCUUAUGGUGCUGAAGGAGCUGAAGGUGCUGAAGGAGCUGAAGGAGCUGAAGGUGCUGAAGGAGUUUAUGGUGCUGAAGGUGCUGAAGGAGCUUAUGGUGCUGAAGGUGCUGAAGGAGCUGAAGGAGCUUAUGGUGCUGAAGGAGCUGAGCCAGCAGCUGAGGAACUAACCAUUGACCCUGCUGCUGUUUCCACUGAUGCCCCAGUUGACCAUGAAGUUCCUCACGAUUAUCUUCUGGCAACAGACGCUCCUAAUGUUGAAGUUAAUGUUGCAGACAGCUUUGAUCCAGCGACAGAAUCUUCUCUUCCAUAUCUUCCAUAAGCCAUCUCUCUUAAUCAGACACAGUGAUGUAAUAAAGUCUGAAGCUGUAGAAAGUUUGGUUUGAUCACCUGAACAAGAAUAUAAUUUGUUUUUGUUGUUGUUUGUUUUUUUUUCUGAAGAAAUAUAUUUGUAAUAGAAUUGUAGUAGUUCGAUGUCUGUUCUGUUUCAUAAAAAAUAUCAAAAUAAAAAAUGCCCCAA